AAACAAGAAACAAUGUAGUAAUGACUCUGUGUUUUCAUCUCUUAAUAAUUCAGAUAAUCUCAUUAGAUUUAAUUAUGAAUACCAAGAUCGCGACAGAAUGAUCACAAUUGACCAAGAUUUUUUAAAAAUCACGUCUUACUUUGGAGCAGGGAAUAGCAGAUUCGCCAAUCGCGAAAGAGCAAAACUUUUGGGAAUUUCAUCUAAAAAUACUCGAGUGGCACCCGGAGUCAACUUGAGGUCAAAUGAGUUUACCAAAAUUGGAAAUUGCGUAUAUAUUGGCUUAUUCACCUAUAUUAAUGGUAGCAUCAACAUUGAAGACGAUUGCAUUAUUGGGCCUUACUGCUGCCUAACAUCUAACAAUCACAUAUUCAAUCCAGUACUUCAGUCUUUUCAGGAAAAGAAUGAGGAUAAAAAAAUUAGAAUCAAAAGAGGAUCCUGGCUAGCCGCUGGGGUGGUAAUAACUCCUGGCGUGACUAUUGGAGAAUGUAACCUGGUCUGUGCAGGGGCUGUUGUAACAAAAGAUACUCCUGACUACUCCAUUGUAGCCGGUAUACCUGGCGUUGUUGUAGGAUAUAUAGAUUCUAAGUCGGGGCAAUAUAAAUGGAUCAAGUAAAGUGGAUUUGAUUUUAUCUCUUUUGAAAAUAGUACGUUUUCAAUAAUUAUAUGGAUCGCAAGCAAGUUUCUCUUUUGUUUCUUGGAGACCAUGGUGUUGGUAAAACAACAUUAAUAAAAAGCAUGAUAUACGAAAGUUUUCAGCAAAAUGUUCCUCCUAUAUUGAAUCCCGUCAUAGAAGACAGAAAUGGGAUUCAGACCGAGCUUAUCGAUACGAACGUUUUAAACUAUUCAAAAACAUGUCAUCAACUUGCUAGUAUCAACCAGUGCGAUACCUGGGCAAUAAUUUUGGUCUGUUCUCAGACUUAUCCGAAAUCAAUAGGGAAUGUUUUAACUAAGUGGUUGGUUAUGAUUCAAGAACAAAAUCUUCGAAUACCUAUUAUAGUUGCUUGCAACGUAAUGGAUAACCGAGACAUAAUUCAAAGCCACUAUUCUGAUUGUUGUGUCUUUGGUCCUGAAUUCAAAGAAUGCAGACAAAUCGAGCAUUUUGCGACUCUUGAUUUCAAAGACUCUAAGGCAGUCAAUGCGUUGCUCGAAACUGCUCAAAAAAUUGCCAUUUUUCCUCUCUGCAAACUGCAAGAUUUGAAUUCUAAAACAAAAUACUCAUUUCAUCCUGAUGUAAUCAAUGCUUUUAGAAGAAUUUUCAUGAUUUAUGAUGAAGAUAGAGAUGGAUAUUUGAAUGAUACUGAGUUUGACUUACUCCACAAUGAUUGCUUUAAAAAUCAGCCUCUGCAACCUUUGACUAUCCAAAAGUUUAGAAGUUUUGUUGAACAAAUAGACCCAGAUGCCAUUUCUGAAAAGGGUUUUACCCUAGCAGGGUUUUUGAUUGUUUGGGAGAUUGUUUUAGAAUAUGGAAGCUGUGAAUGUAUCUGGACAUUAUUAAGACAUUUCGGCUAUAACGAUUGCUUUCAUUUUCAACAAGCCACAGGCUUGCCUGACUUUGAAAAAACCAAGGUUUAUACAUUAACACCUCCUGGUAUUGAAUUCUUAACCGACGUAUACGAAUAUUACGUAAAGAACAUGAAUGAAAAGGGAAAUGAUACCGACUCUCAGUUGAGGCGAGUCAGCCUCAUUUUUUCAGUUAUUUCUGAUAGUUGCUUUCCUUGGGCAAACUUCGGAUAUCCUUAUUGCACUGUAAUGGAUGAAAAUAGGCAAAUCUUGCCUUUGCGAGGCUUCCUAGCCUUAUGGUUUAUGAUAGUAUUUUUAGAACCGGCUAUGGCAAGAAAGUAUCUUAGUUGCCUAGGUUAUGGUUAUACACGCUCAAAGAAAGUUGAAAAUAGUAAUUACGAUCUAUCUUGUCCAAUAACUGAGUGCAACUUUUCACGCAAUACUUUCCUAGCACUUGUGUUUGGAUCUCCUUCUUGUGGCAAAUCAUCUUUCAUUCGUGGGUUUUUGGAAAAACCUUUUGUGGACAGCAUUCCAUCUAAAGAAAGGGUAUAUUGGGCCGUGAAUUCUGUAAAAAAAUCAAGCUGCAUAUCACAAGAUAAUGACCGAUCUUCUCCUUCGUUCAGUUCUGAUCAAAGUAGUACACAUCUUAUACUACAUGAGGUAGAUCUGAAAGUUCCUGAAAUUUCAAAUCUUCCGUAUCUUUCCCGCUCUAACGCAUUCUGCGUUCUUUAUGAUAACUCCUCCCAUGAAUCUUUUAGCUACGCUGAAAAACUUAUAUUUGCUCUUGUUUCCCAAGUGCCAUCGGUCCCCAUUGUAUUUAUCGCUACUAAAUCAGAUAUUUCCCCAUAUAUUACAAAAAACAGUAUCUAUAUGUCAAAGCAACUCAAUAUUUCCUCACCUAUUCUCAUAUCCAGUAAGAAUGGCAUCUACAACUCCGUUUUUGAAACCAUUUGCUCAGAAUCUGCGAAUGCUAUCUACCCUAGUACAGUUAAACGACAACACACUACAAUUCUCUUAGCAUUUAUCUGCUCUUCUCUACUCUGGCUAGGUUAUCAAACGUAUAGAUCAAAACUUGUUAAACGCCACUACUAA